CCACAAAUAAACAUAGAAAGCUGUUGCUCCUCGUUAAUUGUAGUUUUCAAGCAUUAGAUCAUUUUCCGGUAAAUAACACCAAUUGUAUAAAUUAUUCUUUGGAUCAGGCAAUAACUAAUCUUUAUUGCUGUUGCAAUAUGGCGGUAAUUAAUUGAGAGCAAUCCAUUCAUGAUACAUUUACAAAAUAUGCAGUAUUGCAUGUAAAUUUUUUUUAAAAACAACUCCUUAAUGCAAACUAAUUUUUGUGAAAAUAUGAACAAUGAGUAAUAAAUUGUUUGUUUUAUAAUAGCAAUUAAAUAUCUAGGCUUUUGAUUAAAACACAAAAUUUUUCGUUAGAAAAAAUUUUGGGGGAUAUAUGGGCAUUGGAAUUUUUAGCAAUCAUAUUAUUCUAAAUUUUAUCUAACCUAUUUUUUAUUUAAACCAUGUCUGUUCUCCAAAUUAUAAAAUUGAAUGUCAGAAGAAUUCCCUGCAUUUCUUUCACCACUUAUUCAGUUUUUGAAAAUAUAAAAUCUUUGGAGCGGUGUUUUUCAAAGGUUAAAAGCAGUUAUACUUUUAAAAACUCAAAACAUCAAGCACUUCGAAAUAAAAAUCAUAGUAUAACAUCAGCUGAUUUAUUGUCUGUUGCUAGUGGGACGGGAACAAAGCGAAAGUCAAAAACGUUAACUAAACCCAUACACUAUAAAGGAGAAAUCUUGUAUGGUAUUCAUCCUGUAUAUCUUGCUCUACUUAAAAGAAAACGACAUUUGUUUCAGCUAUUUACAAGAAUAUAUAAUGAAACAUGCUUUUCUCUAGAGAAAACUGAGAGAAUAAACAAAAUUGAAAAAUUAGCAAGAACACUGGGAAUCCCAGUAUAUAAUUUGAAUAGACAAGAGAUGGAAUAUUUAGUUCCUGGCUCUGUUCACCAAGGUGUAUGCUUGGAUGUUGGCCCUUUACCAGUGCUGGAAUGGGAAGAUACAAAGUGUACUAUAAAAAAUCAAGAAGAUUCUAAUCUUCCUGUGUGGCUUGUUCUUGAUGAAAUUUUGGAUCCCAUGAAUGUGGGAGCUGUUAUUAGAUCUGCUCAAUAUUUUGGAAUUGAUAAGCUUUUUGUUGUUAAAGGAUCUAGUUGUAAACUGUCUCCUACUGUUAGUAAAGCCAGCUGUGGUGCUCUUGAAGUUAUGGAUAUUUAUCAAAUUCAGAAAUUUGAAUCUUUCCUUCAGAUGAAGAAGGACCAAGGAUGGAAUAUUAUAUCGACUGUUGCUUAUUGUGAAGAUGGAAGUGAGGCUUCAAAUCAAAUAACAGAUGUCACAGAUUUUAGAAUAUCCAGGCCAACAAUUCUUAUUUUAGGCAAUGAAGGUAAAGGAGUAUCACCUGAAAUUCAAAAGCUUUGCGAUACUUUCGUAUCCAUUCCUCCAGAAAAUAAUUUGCAAGAAGGAAUCGACUCUUUAAAUGUAUCAGUAGCAGCAGGCAUAAUUUUAUAUUCUUUAUCAACAGGAAGGAAAAAAACAGGAUUAAACUAUGAUUAAUCUGUUUAUUUUAUGUAAAGAAAAUAAUUCUUUUAAUGUUCAUAAUGUAUUAUUCGUUUUCUGUGUAAAUUCCCAAUAAAUCAUAUGAGCAUUUUCAAUUAUCAUAAA